CACGCAAAUACCAUUUCCCAUCCUUACAGUUAUAUAUACACGCCUAAAUUCCAUCCCUUCAACUAGAAACAGAGAUCAUUAAUCCAACAGAAAUCAUGGGGAAUUACACCUCCUGCGCCUUCGUCGCUCCCAAGCUCAGGAGUCCUAAAUCGGCGAGGGUCCUCCUCCCCAGCGGCGAGGUCCGCCAGUUCCGCAACCCGGUCAAGGCGGCGGAGCUCAUGCUCGAGGCGCCUAAUUUCUUCGUCGUCAACUCCAAAUCCCUAGCCAUCAACCGGCGAUUCUCGCCGCUCGCUGCGGACGAGGAUCUCGAGUUCGGGAACCUCUACGUCAUGUUUCCGAUUAAGCGAUCGAGCUCCGUCGUCACCCCCGCCGACGUCGCCGUCUUCCUGAUGGCGGCCAGCUCCGCGCCGAAGCGGAUCGCCGGCGGGAGGAUAUCCCCCGCGGCGGCGGAGGCAGUUGAAACGGCGUCGUCCGCAGCGGAAAGCACGAAUGGAUUGGAUUUGGAGGCGGUUGCGCCGGGGUAUCAGUAUAGGCUUUCGGUUUGCCGAUCGAAGCGGCCGGGAUUGGAUACGAUUCUAGAAGAGCCUGUAUUUUUUAGAUAAAAUUUAAUAAAAAAAAAUUAAUUGUUAGUUAAAUUUUAUUUUUAGUUUAGGGUAGAUUAGUCUUUUUCGCGUAUUUAUAUUUGUAGUUUUACUGCUUUUAUUAGAAUGGGGGUGCGUGGGAUUCUCAAUUCGCAUUAAUUCAUUCUAUCUAUAUCUGGAAAAUCGGAUUGGAAAUAUUGAGAUUGAUUUGUAGUAAUGAAGUUAGAUAAUUAUUCAAACGCGUUA